CCAUCUCUGGUGUCCAUCCCUGGCGUCCAUGUGGUGUCCAUCUCUGGCUCAGCCUCUGCUCCAGAUGCUCUCCAGACCUCCUGCUCUGCCUUCAGCUCCUGCUCCUCUCCCCGUUGCCUUCUGGUUUUUGGAGGUUUCAUCCUGGGGUGUUUUCUGGCUGAAAAGAGGGGAAUUGGGCAAGGUUCAGCCCCAGCCCAUCCCCACAGCCUCUGAGCAGGUUUUUCAUGUGAACCAUCCCAUGGCUUCAUUAUUCAGAAUGUUUCCUGCAAGUUUGUCUUCCCCAGCAGCUUUUUCCUUCCUGAUGCUCCAUUGUCCGUGCCACAGAGGUGCGUGAGGCUGAGGGAGCCAGAAAUUCCGAGCCCAGCCUUGGGGCUGAGCCAGGAUCAGUUCCCUGUUAGAAAAACUGGGAAGAAAAAUUGCAUUCCCAGUCUAGACCAGGUGACAUGGUUAAUUGAAAAUGGGAAGUUGCAAAAAUAACAAAAAGAACUGCUUCCUCCUGGAAUUGGUGACCCAAGGUAGUGGUGUGGCCACUGGAGGGAAGGGAUGGAUGGAGAGGGAUCUUGGACCUUGUCCUGGGCUGCAUCCAAAGGAGUGUGGGAGGGUUCUCAUCUCUGGAAUGGUGAGAUCCCACCUGGAAUGGAGACAUCCCACCUGGAAUCACCAGAUCCCACUAGGUCUGGCUUAUUCUCUGGGUUCAGCAACUUCAUCCCACCCUGAUCCCAUCUUGGUCCCACCUUGAUCCCAGCUUUUCAUCCUACCUCCCUUUCCCCUUUUCAUCCCUCCUCCAGCCCACCUCCAUCCCACCUUGAUCCCACCUUCACUCCUCCUUCAUCCCAGCUUCAUCUUGUCUCCAUCCCACCUUCCUGCCCCCUUCAACUGACCUCCAUCUCACCUCCAUCCCACCCUGAGCCCACCUCCAUCCUACAUUCCCCCCUCCUCCAUCCCACCCCCAUCUCAUGUUCCCACUCUGCUUUCUCUCCCCAGUGAGUGCCAGCGACAGCAAGGAGGUGAUCGGGGCCCUGGGCGGGUCUUUGACCUUCCACAGCCACAACACAGAUGGAAAUGCAGCAUUCUGGAAUUUUGGGAAUGAUCACAUAGUGAGUGUGGCAUUUGAGGACCCUCCUAGACCCCUAUUUUCUAAAGACAAAUUCAAAACCCAUUUUGCUCUCUCUGAGAACAGCCACGCGCUCAGCAUCUCCCAGCUGAGGAUGGAGGAUGCCGGGACCUACUCUGUAACCAUUGAUGCAAAAAGAUCCACCUUCACCCUUCAGGUGUUCGGAGAGCUGGCAGAGCCCAUGGUGACCUGCGAGGCCCAGAACUGCUCGGACGGGAGCUGCAGCUUCUCCCUGCGCUGCUCCACGCCCGGUGCCGGCCUCAGGAACGUCUCCUACAGCUGGAGGGUGCGGGAUCAUCUGCAGGAUGGGAACUCCGUGGUGCUGCGGGUGAACGAAUCAUCCCGGGAGGAGCCGGAGACGCUGACGUGCAUGGCAUGGAACACCGUCAGCAGCAGGAGCGUCACCGUCACCAUCCCCGGGGUGCUCUGCUCAGGUGCCAACUCCAGCAGCUGGAUCAGGAUCGGCGUCGUAGCCGGGGUUGAAAUCGCGUUGCUGUUAUCAAUUUACCUCGUGUUCUACUGCAAAUCCAAAGAUGAGCUGGUUCUGCAGGUGCCAGCAUGGACACUGCUGGAGGGGGACACGGUGACACUGCGCUGCCGGGGCCGGUGGAACAGCACAGUCACCAAGGUGCGAUUUUACCAGGAUGAGAAUAAUCUGACGGGGUCCAUCAAUGCGACCGAGCUGUCCCUGUCCCCUCUGCAGCUGAACCCACAGUGGCUGCUACAGUUGCAGGGACUUGGUGGAAUCCUUUAUUUCACGUUCAGCAGCAGUGACAGUGACAAUGCAUGCAUCCCCAGCCACAUGUGGCCCCAAGCCCCCAUCCUGCACAUGUUCUACCGGGACGGGCAGGUGGUGGGGGGCCCACAGAGGUUCCCGCAGCUGCUGGUGUCCGCCAUGAGGGUCUCCCACUCGGGAAAUUAG